AUGUCCGGACACGUCCCGAAGAGAGGUCUUGGGGACUUCCCCAGCCUGGGUGCCGAAGCUAUUAUGAGUGCUGUGCGUUUCACGGCCAAACAGGUCCUAGAACAUAUAUUUGCCAAUGACUCUGACUGCGACGAGGAAGCGGAGGAGGAAGCGUCCGAAGAAGAAGACGGGGAGGAAUAUAACCCAGAGGACGAGGAGACCACCGAGGACGACGAGGACGACGACUACGACGCCGCCGCCGCCGCUGACGAGGACGACGAGGACGACGCCCAAGUAGAAGAAGGCCAAGGCGUAGAAGACGAACGAGACGAUGACGACGACGACAACGAUGAUGACGACGACGACGACCAAGAAGAAGAAAAAGGAAAAGAAGAACAAGGGGAAGGUGAAGGUGAAGGAGAGCGAGGAGACCGCCGCCGCCGCCGCCGCCGCCUCAGCCCCCGACCACAACACGAUAUCCCUCGAGUGGAAAGAGAGACAUUCGUGUCGAGAAACGGCCAAAUCCAAGGGUGCUCGGUGCCUUGUGACAACAAUCGGGGCGUCGGAGGGGCCGCCGCAGCGGCAAAAAGUAACAGGCCGGUUGCUGAGGUGCCGGAGGACAUGAGGCCCGGGCCUACUAGGCAGGCCGUAGGCCAAGCCCGCGACAUCCUCUCCACGUUCCGCCUGUUUUUCACACCGGAGAUAGAAGACAUCAACCUGGAGAUGACCAAUCUGGAGGGC